AUGAAUCCUGUCCUUUUCCUGUUGGUUGGAGUCGCUUACGGUCUGCCCAGACAUUUCCAGAGCCGCAUUGUCAAUGGAGUGGAUUCUGGGCAGGGCGAUUGGCCUUGGCAGGCAUCCCUCCACUACGAGACCAGCCGGGGUUCGUUCUCUCACAUAUGUGGAGGGUCACUCAUAGACACAAACUGGGUUCUCACUGCUGCACACUGCGUGGAAUUCGAUAAUAAUGUGAAUAAAUUCCGUGUUGUUCUUGGAGAACACAUUCAAAGCGAAGACCAUGGCUCUGAGCAGACAAUCAACAUUGCAGAAAUUAUCAUGCAUGAACAAUACAACGGAGGUGGCAGUGGAAUACCGAACGACAUUGCUCUUCUUCGUCUACAAGAUUCCGCCGAUACUAGUCGACCGGAAAUCGGAAUCGUGGCUCUGCCCAGUUCCUCCAAUCAAGAAUUUUCAACCCGAGACACCUGCUUCAUCAGUGGCUGGGGAAAGACUAGUGCUAAUGGGGGUGUUGCGGACGUUCUCCAGCAUGUGCAGAUCAACGUUUUGACCAAUUCGGACUGUAGCUGGCGAUGGUUGUUCCAGAGCAUCCUUUCCACUCAUAUCUGUGUAGGAGGGGGCUCCGAAUCUGCAUGCAAUGGCGACUCCGGUGGGCCACUGGUUUGUCAGAAGAAUGGACAAUGGGUCUUGGCCGGUGUGACGUCAUGGGGUUCCUCGAACUGUCAGAACAUGCCAAACGUCUACACUCGCGUGUCCAAAUACUUAUCUUGGAUGGAUACAAAAAUGUCAAACUGAA